AUGGAUGGAGCCAAUCGGAUCGUCUCUGUCAGAUCAGGUCCCAAAGACUUGCUGUCUGAUGGCUGUAUCUUGUCCUGCCCCUCCAUGGACUUGGUCACCUGUCUGCUGGACUUCAGGCUCAGCUUGGCCUCCAACAGGAGCAUUGUGCCUGGCCUAGCUGCUUCCCUUGCUGCCUGUGGCCAGCUUAGUGCACUAGGCUCCUGGCCCCGCCCCCUCCACAGGAUCAGCCAAUCAGAAGACAGCAGCCAUGUUCAGAAACGGAGAGGAGAGGGACCCAAACGUCACCACUGUCAACAAUGUGACAAAUCCUUCACAAGAUCUGGAUAUUUAAAGAUUCAUCAGAGAGUUCACACUGGAGAGAAUCUACACAGCUGUGAUCAAUGUGGGGCAGCUUUCACAGUACAGCGUGAGCUAAAAAUACAUCAACGCAUUCACACUGGAGAAAAGCCUUACAUCUGUGAUCAAUGUGGGGCAGCUUUCACACAACAGUGUCACCUAAAAAUACAUCAACGCAUUCACACUGGAGAGAAGCCGUACAGCUGUGAUCAAUGUGGGGCAGCUUUCACACUACAGCGUAACCUGAAAAACCAUCAACGCAUUCACACUGGAGAGAAGCCGUACAGCUGUGAUCAAUGUGGGGCAGCUUUCACACAACAGGGUGACCUAAAAAGACAUCAACGCAUUCACACUGGAGAGAAGCCGUACAGCUGUAUUCAAUGUAGGAAAACUUUUUCUCUAAAUAGUCACCUUGUAAGCCACCGACGUGUUCACACUGGAGAGAAGCCGUACCGGUGUGAACAAUGUGGGGAAAUGUUUUCCCACAGUAAUAGCCUUAAAAGACACCAGCUCAUUCACACUGCCUUGUUGUGAAGAUGUUUGAGAGCCAAGCUGUUUCCUCCUGGCUCCUCCUCAUGCCCUGAUAGCUGUGUUGUUAUAUUCUGAUCUUCUCUCCACAUUGAAGGCUGACCA